GGAACAUUAUAUGCAGACCCUUCUAUUCUUUACUAAAGUCUGUAUUUUUCCUGUUCCCUCCAAACAUGCCUCAUUGGAUUCUUAAAAGAUUCGGGUUUCGGAGAAGAAAAACCUCAAACCUCGCCCAGGGUCUUCCUUGACUUGACACAUUUUAAAACUGCAAGAGAGCAGUCUUUCCUUUGAUGAGGCAAAGACCCCAGCAAUGAAAGAGCAAGUGUGAGUUUGCAAACACCCUAAAAGCUUCUUCCAUUAGGCCUGGCCGUGGGAAACCACAAGGGACAGUCAAGUGAUUUUCAAGGAGAAAGCCUCUGGACCGCUUUCCCUCCACGGCAGGUUCCUGGGAGGAGCUCUUCACAAAUCCGAAAGAUUGCUAGGCUCUUGGCUAACGACUCAUCUCUUGGAGACCUAGAGUGGUGGAUUACAGGCAUUGAAAAGCUUUUGGUGGCUUUGGAAGAUGACUGUGUUUGGUGUGAGCUCACCUUUCCAGGCUGGGGGGCCAGGCAGAGGAACCCCCUUUGUUACCUUUUGAAAUAAGAUCAGCGGGAACACGGGGUUUGAAGUGUGGAUUAGGAGGUCCUACAUCUUUGCCUGGCACCUCCGCCUGAACCUUCAUAAAACUUCAGGAAUCAUGCAACGUUUCCUUGAAGCCUGUCCAGGAACCUAACUUCUGGACCCAGAAACGUCUCCAAAGACAGACCCGCCGAGCCAGGCAGUCUGGAUGCUCCAGCACUUCUGCUUCGAAGAUUCUGUUUCGUCUUCUUCUAUUGAGAGAUUGACCUCUUGGGUGAUUUGUGUGCUUUCGGGCGAAUGAUGGAGGCACGUAAACCGGCGGGACUGCUGGCCUUGCCCUACUCGCUGCACGCCGCGCCCCUGGGCGUGCCGGAGACCCUGCCCGGACUCCCGCGGAGGGACCCGCUCAGGGUCGCCCUGCAUCUGGACUCGGUGUGCUGGGAGUGGGCGCGCGGCGGCUGUGCCCGGAGACGGCAGUACCUGCCCCCGCCGCUGGACGGCGCCUUCGAGCCCGCCUUCCUUCGCAGGCGCAAUGAGCGCGAGCGGCAGCGGGUGCGCUGCGUGAACGAGGGCUACGCGCGCCUCCGAGACCACCUGCCCCGGGAGCUGGCGGACAAGCGCCUCAGCAAAGUGGAGACGCUCCGCGCCGCCAUCAGCUACAUCAAGCACCUGCAGGAGCUGCUGGAGCGCCAGGCCCGGGGGCCCGAGGGCGCGGCCGGUGCCGCCCCCCAGCGCAGGGCGGAAUGCAACAGCGACGGCGAGUCCAAGGCCUCCUCGGCGCCUUCGCCCAGCAGCGAGCCCGAGGAGGGGGGCAGCUAGCCAGCGCCCGGGCCGGCCGGGACCCCGGGACCCCCGCGCCCGCCGCACGGCUCUCAGCCUGCAGUCCUACCCGAAGCUGGUUUGCAUUCUUAAUCUGGUAUCUUCUCCAGGCCUAAAUCUUAGGAAGAAGAAAUGGGUGCUGGGGCGUGCAGGGGGGAGGGAGCUGUUUUGACAUUUGGGAAUUUCUCCCCUGCCCUUAUUUGUUAAGUGCCUGAAAUUUACAGGUGGGUGCGUAUUAAGGAAACUCUUCCAUACCUCUAAAAUGCCUCUUUGUAAAUACGAUUAUUCUAAAAACUCAAAGGGCGAGAAUAACUGGAAUUUCCUACCAUCGGUGGUGUGGGUAAAUUGUAUACACAAAUAUUAAACCUUAACCAAAGAAGAGCUUUACCGCCACUAAAACAAAAACAACCCCGAACAGCCAAAGUCAGUUUUUAGAAUGACAGCAACAUUUUCUUGCAUUCCUUCCUUUGGGAAUUAUAUUAGAAAUUUAAUUGAAAAAAAUUUUCAACCUCCUGCUUUGGGUGAAGGAGACGGUAAGCUGAUACCUGAGAACUCAUUUGCCAGCGCGUGCUGUUGACUGUGUGAAUCCUGGUGCCAGGGAAGCCAUGGCUUGAUACACACUGUUUCAUCCAGUGGCCGCAUGGAAGCUUUGUAGCAUUGAGCAGAUGAUAACAUAUCUCAGAACUAGUGAUCUUUUUGGAAUAGAGCCCAGAUUUAUAUGAAAACUUGUUUUUCCUCUCAAUUGUUUUGUCCACUGUUUUUUUCAUUUUCCUUUUCUCUGCAUUUCCCCCACCCCACCCCUUGUGGCUCUCCAUCUAAGUUUUGGAUAAACUAAAGUGGCACUGUGACUUUAAAAAUAAACAGGAAAUCUA